AUGGUGAAUCAUUAUCUUUCAGAAAGCGAUAAUAAUACAAAUAAAAACAACAGCAUGUCCUUCGCCUUCUUCAGCGUGAAAGAAGCAAUCGUGGUUAAAAAGAAAGGGGAAAAAAAGCUGCCCUUUUAGCUUGUAUUAUGAUUGAAUAGUGUUGUUGGAGAGGUGGAGUAGGCGUAGUGAUUUCCAGUCCGGUUGCACCACCUGUCUGAGUGACGAAGCCACCUGUGAGGAAGCCGGACUGUUUACGGAAGUGCUUCAUCCUUCAGAGUGAAUAUCGCGGUGCUGGCUAAAGCCUUGUACGACUACCAGGGCAAUGGACCCGGAGAGCUCAGCAUGAGAUCGGGCGACAUGGUCGGCCUGCGCUGGAGAGUGGAUGACAAUUGGUAUUUCGGCGACGUUAAAGGGAACAGUGGGUUCGUACCCACCAGCAUGGUUCAGGUCCUGGGCGAGCAAACGCAGCCUCCUGCGCCUUUGUGCCGCGCUCUCUACGACUUCGACCUGAACAGGCUGGAUCCAGAUAACAGGAAGGAGUGUCUGGCCUUCAUGAAGGGAGACGUCAUCACUGUGAUUAAGCGAGUGGAUGAGAACUGGGGUGAAGGGAAGUUGGGGGACAAGGUCGGAAUCUUUCCUUUGCAGUUUACAGAGCUAAAUCCGGCUGCGUUCAAACUCCUGGCGAGUGCGAAGGCGAGUGAUUUGGCAGAAUUUCACCCACGGCACGCGAGAGGGAACAGCAGGAGGACGAGCCUAGAUGCAGGCAGCCACAGACGGCUCUCCAGGACGCAGGCGAGCACGGCCAGGCCUCCCGACGUCAGCGUCCUGAACACUCUGAACCACGGUCAGGUCCAGAGCUCACCAGCUCCUAGUGCGCCUCUAAAGCCUGUCCGACUCUCCACAGUCUCCCAGCUGCGGUCCGGAAGCACUCGGAAAAGCCCGUCAAAGGGUGAAAGAAAGAUGAACGGCGACACUCCUCCAACAAUCACCAUGGCCCUCAUCAACCCACAGACUCUUCCACCACAAGCAGAGAGCAAACAGUCCCCCAUUCAGCAGCUUUCUAUCAGUGUGUGUGCUGCUCUGUAUUCAUACACUCCGCAUCGCGCCGAGGAGCUGGAACUGAGCAAAGGCGAGAUGGUAGGGGUCUACGGGAAGUUUAAGGAGGGCUGGUUACGCGGUCUUUCCCUCAGAACUGGUAAAGUAGGCAUCCUGCCUGCCAACUACGUCACCCCUGUGCUUAGAACCUCUGCAAUGUUUGUUGAGCAGCCAAAGCUCGCUGUUCCCAGUGCAGCCAUAGCAUCAGCAAAGAGAUACACACCCCAGAAUCCCCAAGCAGCAUCACUGCCUCUGGAUAAAGUAAAGGUUGAAGUCGCUGCUCCAGUCGGUGCCAUGCCCCCACAGGCAGCUGUACCAUCUGGCAGUGCAGCAAAAUCUCCUCAGGCAGGAGGAAAGCAGGGCUGGGACACGGUCAGACGAACCUUCCAGACUUCACACAGAGGCUCACUCCGGCAUAACGGCUACCAUCCCCAAAAUCCAGGUUCAAGCCUUCAUCCUCCACCUCAGGAUUUGGGACAGAUCUACGGCUUUGGCCGCUCUCCCGUCCUUCCCAGGAAGAGAAAUGGCUUGUUUACAAAUCCCCUCAGGUCACAGCACUGGACUUAUGAAGGAACAGCUCCCUCUGGUGGCGCAUACCAGACAAUGGAUGCCAGAUAUACGACUCCGAAGGAGACUUCCACGGCUCCUCAGUCUAUUCUGAUGAAACCAGAUACUCACAGGCACAACACAGAAAAGCCUGUGAAGUCGGUGAGGUUCUUAACUGAAGAAGUCCCCCAAACCACAACAAGGUUGGCGUCCGUAUCAUCUGGAGCGCAGGUUGUGGGUAACUCUCAAAGCGGACCUGCGGCUCUGGAGCACUGGAACCCGUCAGCCAUCAUAGGUCGGGAUGGAAGUACCUCAGUCCUUAAAGACACAAAGACAUUCAUGCAAAGAAAGGGUCUUGGUCAGAAUAAUGCCAGUGGGGAUUAUCUGCCUUUAGGUACAAAACUGUACACGCUGAACAGCCAGUCCAGUCCCGUCAGACACAGGGUGUUGAUGGGAUAUAAUGCAAAGACUGAUGCGGAGCUGAACCUGCUGGAGGGAGAGCUGGUCCUGGUCCAAAAGCCUCGGCCAGAUGGGAGGGUUCUGGUGAAACAGGAGAUCACUGGAGUGACUGGCCUCUUCCAAAGCAGCAUUCUGGACAUAUUGGACAAAGUUGCCUGAGUGUGUGCGUGUGUGUGUGUGUGCAUGCGUGCACAAUCUGCAAUCAAAAAGAACACCCUCAGUGUUGCUUUUGGAACCAAAGCAAUAUGCUCUUUAUCUAUUUGAGUGUGUUUCAAUGAACAGCAUGCCUCAUCUAACCACAAACGCACAUCCCAGGUCCUCCUCAAAUUUGUCCCUGUGUCAUUUGUCACUUCUGGGACGUAUCGCUGUCUUUAUUUGUGGUUAUGAAGGUCACAUGCACAUUGGGAUAAUGUUGUUGUUUUUUUUUUUUUUUUUUAACACAUUGAUAUGGCCAAGGCUAACCGUUUCAGACUCCCAUUCUGAAGGGCCAGAGCACAGCAGACUUUAGUAUCCUUACAGCUGAUUGAACUCAGCAGUUAAUUAAGAAAGGCAUGAACUGGGUGUGUUUGUUAAAAGGAAAACACAUCUCUAUAAGGCAGUGGUUAUUGAGGGUUUGAGUUUGACACUGCUGAGCUGUGUCUCAGAUCAUGUACAUGACCUUGUAUUUAAAGUAUAUAUUCUAUACUAGUCUGUAAGACUUACAUUGGUUUUGUACAUGAAAGGUUUGCACUUAUUAAAAAUGCACUAUGUGGUAUUGCGAUGAGUUGUUCUCUGAUAAUUGCAUAUCUGUUGUUUGUGUUUGUACAGCUCACUAACAGUAACCGUUUUGAAAUGGAGAUCGCUGUCAUUGCAAGCCAUUUUGAUUCUAUCCAAUAUCUGCUACAAGUCCUGUCUUUGUUUUAUGGAGCUUGAUUGGACAAGGGUAGUGCAAAAAUGUCCAUUGAUCCAACAUAUAAUAUAUUCAGCAAAUAUUGUCCAUCACCCAUUUGUAUUUACAGCACUUCAGCUAUUCGUAUUUCUCCGUGUGAAAACUCUACACUUUUAAUAAUUAAUUUCAACAAUUCAAACAAGUGGGAUGGUGGCUUAAAAUUGUUGGUGGGGUAUAGGGGACAUACACCGUUUUAUUUUUUACUUUUUUUUGGCUGCAUACUGUUCGCUUUGCCUUUUCUGAAACUAUUGCACACUGCACCAUUAAUCUCUGCAGCUGAAUUAUAAAAUUAUAAAAAUGAAGAGCCUUGUGCUGAUCGAGAUAUAUAUAUAUAUAUAUAUAUAUAUAUAUAUAUAUAUAUAUAUAUAUAUAUAUAUAUAUAUAUAUAAAUAUAAGAUUUAAAAAAAAAAAAAAAAGUUUGUAGUUAAAAUUGAACACCUAAACUUGAAGGAGAUUUUGACAAAUCUAGACUUGCGCACUAAUUCCUUUCCUAUAGAUUGUAUUGGAAACAGCUCAGUGUUAUGGCAACCCGGAUUUAUGUAGAAAUGUGGAAACCCGGAUUUAUAUAGAAAUCUGGCAACCUGGGUUUCUAUUUAACCACACAGUUAACAUUCUAACUUUACUGCUUCGAUAUUAAUUUCAUGCAAAUGGGAUUUGUUGCUAAUUUUAUUAUUUUAUUUAAACCAGGGUCAUGGUGUCCCUCAAAUCCUUCUUCAUACCAAGACUUGAGUACAUACGUAUAUGAUCUGAGACACAGCUCUGAAUGAUGGAUUGUCUCAGAGCACAUGUUCCUGUUGUAUAAAUGCAGUAAGUGUGGGAUACUUUUGUCAAUAUAACACUGUAAAACCUGUCAACCCGGCACAGUUUGAUCAACAGCAAUCCCUGCUAGUUUAUUUUUGUAGUACAGAAAUAAAUGAUCUAUGAUAGAA